UUAAUAUGAAUAUAAUACGAAAUUAUAAGAAUCAAUAAAGAAAUGAGUGGAGACAGGCCGAAACCAAACGGGCUUAGCGUUAUCGUCGCCCUCCCUAAAACUCUUUACUUUCUCUUCAACGUGGGGUUCCAAAUAACCGUGCAUUAUGGACAGACGCCCACCGUAUCUAUAAAGGAGUCCGAUAUUAUUGGACAGUGCCAUAGUGGUCCCGCGUUCACUGUCUUCAGGACAUUCAUAUUCGUAUACUUGUGGAACAGUGUUAGGAUAAAAUAUAUAAUCAUGUCUAAGUUAGCCAUUCUCAGUCUUUUCUUCACGUUUGUGCUUCACUGCCAAUGUCAAUAUCAAGAAGAUAAUGAAUCAUAUCCAAGGAAACCCCCACCACAAAUUCUGACUCACAAGCAAGCUCUCAACCACGAUGGAAACUUCAAAUACUUAUUUACAUCAGAAAAUGGUUUAGCCCAAGGAGAAAGUAUUGCACCUGACGGAAGCAGAAGUGGUGGCUACAGCUACAUUGACCCCAAUGGCAAAAAAAUUUCUGUAAAAUACAUAGCUGGGAAAGAAGGUUUCAAAAUAUUGGAAGCUGAUCAUCUGCCUAAAGCUCCUCAACCAGUUGGUCCAGUGCCACAGCCGCGUCAACAAGCUGAAGAAUCGUAUAACCAGCCACAGUCCCAAGAUUAUGAUGACGGGAAAUAUAGACAAGAAGCUUACCCACGACCCCAACCUGAACGCCAAUAUUACCAGCCAAAACCGUAUGCAUCUCCUAAAUUGCUAUAUCGCUCAGCUGAAGAAAGACCGAACACUUUUAGCAACAAUAUCAAUGAAAAAGAACCAGAAUAUAAUGAUGAACCUGGUAAAGCUGGUACUUUUGGAGCUGGUUAUAUUUUUGAAUUUGGAUCUGGUUAAAUCUAACAUGUCCAUUAGGGUAUUCCAAUUGAACAUUAUAAUUAAGAUCUUUAUGACGAUUUUUUACUAAAUGGAAAUUUAUUGUGAAUUAAUUCUGAUAUAAACUUAGUAUUUAUUAUUUUUAAUAUUCAAAACAUCCAAAACAAGUAUUCUCAUACCUUCUUAUUUUUCUAUGUACCUAUAAGUAUUAUUGUUAAGUAUUUCAAGAGUGAACUUUUGUGAAUGACUGAUGAUUUUGUAAUAAUUUAAUGUAAUGACAUUUGUAUUAGUAGGUAUAUUAAAUUUGAUUACAUAUUUUAUAAACUAAAAUGU